GUCCGCCCCGUCGCGCGCGCUAGCCCCAGCGGCACCGGAGCGCCGCGGCCAUGGGCACCCUGGGCAAGGCGAGGGACGCUCCACGGAAACCUCCUCAUGGCUCCAGAGCUGCCCCCAAAGCAAGACUAGAGGCCAAACCAGCCAGCGGUCCUCUCUCCACCCAUCCCAGCCUGGCCCAGAUCACUCACUUCCGAAUGAUGGUGUCCCUGGGACAUUUGGCCAAAGGAGCUAGCCUGGACGAUCUAAUUGACAGCUGCAUUCAGUCUUUCGAUGCAGAUGGAAACCUCUGUCGAAGUAACCAGCUGUUGCAAGUCAUGCUGACCAUGCACCGAAUCAUCAUCCCCUCUGCGGAGCUGCUGCGGAAAGUCAUGGCCCUAUACAAAGAGGCCUUGGACAAGAGCGCUCCAGGGCUGUGCCUGAAGAUCUGCUACUUCGUCAGGUACUGGAUCACCGAGUUCUGGAUCAUGUUCAAAGUGGAUGCCGCCUUGACAAGCACCGUGGAGGAGUUCCAGGAGCUGCUGAGAGCCCGUGGCGAGGAGUCACACUGUUGCCUGAUUGACACAACCCAAAUCAAUGCCCGUGACUGGUCCAGGAAACUCACCCAAAGGAUAAAAUCAAAUACUAGCAAGAAACGGAAAGUCUCCCUGCUGUUUGACCAUCUGGAGCCAGAAGAGCUAUCAGAACACCUCACCUACCUUGAGUUCAAGUCCUUUCGAAGGAUAUCCUUUGCUGAUUAUCAAAAUUACCUCGUAAAUAGCUGUGUGAAGGAGAACCCCACCAUGGAGCGGUCCAUUGCACUAUGCAAUGGCAUCUCCCAGUGGGUGCAGCUGAUGGUUCUCAGCCGCCCCACUCCACAGCUCCGAGCAGAAGUCUUCAUCAAAUUCAUCCAGGUGGCUCAGAAGCUGCACCAGCUUCAGAACUUCAACACACUGAUGGCUGUGAUUGGCGGGCUGUGUCACAGCUCCAUCUCCAGGCUGAAAGAGACCAGCUCACACGUCCCGCAUGAGAUCAAUAAGGUUCUGGGUGAGAUGACCGAGCUGCUGUCCUCCUGCAGAAACUAUGACAACUACCGGCGUGCCUAUGGGGAAUGCACCCACUUCAAGAUCCCCAUACUGGGAGUGCAUCUCAAGGAUCUCAUUUCGCUGUACGAAGCCAUGCCUGACUAUCUAGAUGACGGGAAGGUGAACGUCCACAAGCUGCUGGCCCUCUACACCCAUAUCAACGAACUGGUCCAGCUACAGGAGAUGGCCCCGCCACUGGAGGCCAACAAAGACUUGGUGCACUUGUUGACGCUAUCCCUUGAUCUGUACUACACAGAAGAUGAGAUCUAUGAGCUUUCCUAUGCUCGUGAACCGAGGAACCACAAGGCCCCGCCGCUGACACCUUCAAAGCCACCAGUGGUAGUGGACUGGGCCUCUGGAGUAUCUCCCAAACCUGACCCAAAGACCAUCAGCAAACAUGUCCAGAGAAUGGUGGAUUCUGUCUUCAAGAACUAUGACCACGACCAGGAUGGAUACAUUUCUCAGGAGGAGUUUGAAAAGAUUGCUGCAAGUUUUCCAUUUUCCUUCUGUGUGAUGGACAAAGACCGGGAAGGCCUCAUCAGCAGGGAUGAGAUCACAGCCUACUUCAUGAGGGCCAGCUCCAUCUACUCCAAGCUGGGCCUGGGAUUUCCUCACAACUUCCAGGAGACCACCUACUUGAAGCCCACUUUCUGUGACAACUGUGCCGGCUUUCUCUGGGGAGUGAUCAAACAAGGGUACCGGUGUAAAGACUGUGGGAUGAAUUGCCACAAACAGUGCAAAGAUCUGGUAGUGUUUGAGUGCAAGAAGCGAAGCAAGAACCCUGCAGCUCCAGCAGAGCACAUCACCUCCAUGGGGUCAGUAUCCAGCUUGUGUCCACUGGUGACCAAAGAUCUCCUUCAAGCACCUGAGGAAGGACCUUUUACAUUCCAAAAUGGGGAAGCCGUGGAGCACAGUGAGGAGAGUAAGGACCGGACCAUCAUGCUGAUGGGAGUGUCCUCACAGAAGAUUUCAGUUCGGCUGAAGAGGACUGUUGCCCACAAGACCACCCAGACGGAAGCGCUACCCUGGCUAAGCAGUGAACCCUCUUCUGGUCACUUCAUGCUGUCCUCCCCACGGAAGACAGCCCAGGAUUCUCUUUAUGUGCUUCCGAGCCCCACAUCUCCCUGUCCCAGCCCUGUCUUGGUCCGGAAGCGGGCUUUUGUCAAGUGGGAAAAUAAAGAAUCCCUCAUAAAAUCAAAAGAGGAGCUCCGUCACCUCAGACUCCCGACCUACCAAGAGCUGGAGCAGGAAAUAAAUACCCUGAAAGCAGAUAAUGAUGCCCUAAAGAUCCAGCUGAAAUAUGCACAGAAGAAAAUAGAAUCCCUUCAGCUUGAGAAAAGCAAUCAUGUCUUGGCACAAAUGGAGCAGGCUGACUGUUCCUAGCCCAGCAAGCCAAAGAGCACACUCUGGACUGAGCGCUUUGGAGAGCUCCUUCCCUACGUGGAAUAAGAGAUACAACAUACCAACCUUACAUCAUCUGUCUUUAAAAAGGAAAAGCCAGUUACUGUUGGCACUUUUACUUAAAAGACUUAUAAUGUGCAGCAUUGUUUUUCAGUGUGCCUCAAAGGGUUCUGAAGAAUACAGAAGUUUUGGUAUUCAUAUGAAAAUGUCUUUUUACCCUUUCUGGAACCAGUACCAAAAGUGAGGUAAAGUGUGACUGUAGCUUCCCGAUAGUGAGGUCUUGGACAGCCUACAACAUUAUCCAUAGUUCUAAGUCUUAAAAGUCAUCUUAAAAUAUGAAAUCAGAUUGACUACCAAAAACAUAUUUAUGACAUCCCAUAGUGACUGGCUAAGUAAUUAAGAGUGUAAACACAUUUGUACUCAUAAGGCCCAGAGCCCAGGAUCAAUGCAUGGCUCUCUGAAACAGUCUGUGAAGAGUGCUGAACUCUUCAUGUUCUACUUGUCACUUUGAAGUGAACUAUUUUAAGGUUCUCUUCUGAACUGAAUUUGUGCUUAAAUGAUCUUCACUGAUACCAUCAUUUAGAAAUAAGCUAACUAAAUCAUGGCUUAAGUAGCUGACAGCAUGUACAUAUGUACAUAUGUAUAUACAGUAUCAGGCAUGCAUGUAGCUUGGGAUUUUCUCCAUAAAAUGUGGAAGUAAACUGAACAACUUUAGUCAAUUAUACAAAUUUACAAGGGUAGUUAUAUUUGUUAUAAGACAGACAAACUGCUUCUUGCAUUCUUCAGAACCUUGUAAACUGUGUUGUUUUGCAAAAGCACAAGUAACAGCCAUGUAAAUAAUUUAUUAUGAAGGUUAGUGGGUUCAAUUUGUGUGUGAAACUAUUCACCAACUCUUGUCAGCCUCUUUAGCCUUUGAAAGAACCUCAUCUGGUUGUUUUCUGUUGAGACAGACAGCUUCAUGCUUGGAAAGUCUGGUACUAUGCUGACUUGUGAUUCGUAUGUAAGUUGACCAACUGUCAAGAGUAGAGUCUAACAAAAUCAAUUCAACAUCUAGCACCAACAGCACCAAGCCUGCGAGAAUGCAAACUGUGUGUGGUCUGCUUGACGGAUUCAGCUCAUCUAGGAAGUUCAUGUGAAAGACCGUUUCCUGUUGGCAUACCUCUCUGUACUGAGUUUUAGUGACAUACUCGUUUGUGGCUAAUAUUUAAAUAAAUGGCAAAGGACUGCUUUA